UGCACACUGUUUUAAGGCAUCUGUGAAAAUUGCUCGAGAAAUUAAAUUCGCUCUCAUUGAUUUGUUGUGGCAGCCAAGUUAAGCCCUUCGACUAGCUCGAAAUCUUAUACAAUCACACAAUCCAGCACCAUGGGCUCCCGUUCACGUACACCCAGUCCGUCGGGCAAGCGACGCCACCAUAAGAGCAAGCACAAAAAACGCAGUAAGUCCCACCACGACCACGAGCGGCCCAGCACAAGAACGGAUAGAGACAAGUCCUCGGAGGUGAACAACCAUGGACGACAUCGCGAACGGGACAGGGACCGCGAGCGGGAUAGACACCGCAGCGACCGACACACUGAGCGCGACUACCGUCACUCCCCCUCGAUCCUGAAAUCCCGAAAACGCUCCAGCUCGUCGAGCAGCGACAGUCAGUACUCCGAGCAGGAGUCGCAACGUAGCAAACAGAAGCGCAGCCGCUUUAAGAAGCUGGAUGAGCAAAACCAGAUGCAGGUCGAACGCCUGGCCGAGAUGGAGCGGCAGCGUCGGGCGAAGGAGCUCGAGCAAAAGACAAUCGAAGAGGAAGCCGCCAAGCGCAUAGAGAUGCUGGUAAAAAAGCGCGUCGAGGAGGAGCUAGAAAAGCGUCGCGACGAAAUCGAACAGGAGGUCAAUCGACGCGUUGAGACCGCCAAGGCUGAGAUGGAGCGCGAAAUGAUGCUGGAGCUGGAGCGGCGGCGAGAGCAGAUACGCGAAGAAGAACGCCGGCGCGAGGUAGGUGCUCGUAUUCAGAUUCCGCUGGACGACUGCUGCUAUCACUGUCAGAAACACGUACACAAUGCCACAUUUACCGUACACUUGAAUAAAUCCAAAACAGCAGUUCAAACAGUCGUCUCCACCACGUCACGCGAAAUCGAUCCGGCGGCGCUCUCAGUCGCGGCUCACUGGCUGUUCAUCCAUCAACCCAUGUCCCAUCAGCAGCCUCCCCGUACUAGAUUGCUUGCAUAACCCUGGGCCAAGGGCGCCCACUAACCGGGUACAUCACUAACCAGUCGCAACUUUUCAGAGCCCUCCCCACAUGAUGCAGCAAGCUAAAUGCUGUGAGCCGAGAUGAGAACGCCACGGCUCGUUUUGCCCCUUUUUUUCUUCUUGCCAAUAAUUUUGUAACUUUUUAUUUUUCCUACCAAAAAAGCCAAAAUGACGACAUUGCCAAGUGUCGCAUGUGUCAAAGUUUUGAUGCCCAUUAUUGCAGACUUAUUGCAUACUCUUAGCUUCAUCUUUUGUUCGUUCCUACCCACAUACUGUAUCAUUUUAAUUUUUUUGGUAUUGGUUCUCGUAACUCGUUGUUGUUGUUAUUGCGCGCAAAUUCCGCUUCAGUAGGCCCGUGCAACGAACGUGCUGCUCUUGUCCCGUAUGCAAGUGGGUGUGUGUGGCUGUUUUGUGAUCCUUACCCGCAAAACACUCGCGUGCACUCCACGUUGUGCCGCCAUGCCGGAAGUUGAGCAAGCCUGCUGCCGAGCGAUUGGUCCACGGACGCAUUUCCUCCACACCAAACAAUAAAUAUCAAAAGAAUCAAAGAAAUACCAAAGCCCAGCGAAGUGGUAUGGUGUCCCUAAGUUAGUCCGGGUAGUUAGGCACUCUAGUUGUGGGCGGGCCGACUGAGUUUAGUCCCAACAGUACGCUGCAUGCAAAUCAAAUCACUGCCACUUUUGAUAACGGGUGAGUUUCCUACGCCAGCGAUGUGUGAUGUUGCCCAGCAGCCGUAAGGAUAACAGGCGAGAAAGGACGGCGCACAGACCCAAAGACUCAAAGACUCCCCCCAGGGUUUAGCUCUAUAGAACUCUGUCUGUAAGAAUUUUUGAAACCGGAUACGCAUUGGAUUGCCACUUAUUUGUGUUUAAGCUUUUUGUUUUUGCGAGCAAAUUACAUAUGUACGUCUGGAAUAGCGAAAAACUCCACAAAAAUAAUCCCAAAUCGAAAAUCUGCAAAAAAAAAAAAAAAGAAAACCAUAAAUUAACACAAAUUUAGCCUAUUUACUGGAAUAAUGACCUAUUUAAAUAGUAAGUAGCAACAAUAAAAAAAAAAAAAAACCAAAUGAAGACCAACCAUUUAGCAAAUACUAGUACAUUUGUUUAUGUUGUGUGCUCCUUUAUUGUAAUAAACUAAAAGAACAACCUACUUUAAACAUUCUUAUUAGACACUACUAAAUGUUUUACUUUCUACCGAAAAUAUUCUUUGUAACUUAUUGUUAAACAUAAAACUAGAUUUUAACUGCCUUUGCAGCUCAUCAAGCAAAAAACUGCAACCACAAACGUGCGUCGAAUUCGUCGCACAGUUUGCAUCGCUGAUGUCAAGAGACUGUUUAUUUCUAUAAUUAGCAUUAAGCUUCUCGCUAAAGGAUCGAUUUUUGUUAUUAAUCGUCUUCUUGUUUGGGUUUUAUAGGAGGAUGAAAAACAAAAACGCGAAGAGCUCGAAGAAAUUUUGGCCGAAAACAAUCGCAAAAUCGAAGAGGCGCAAAGAAAACUGGCCGAAGAACGGUUAGCAAUAAUCGAGGAGCAGCGCCUUAUGGACGAGGAGCGGCAACGCAUGCGCAAGGAGCAGGAGAAGCGCGUCAAGGAAGAGCAGAAGGUCAUAUUAGGCAAAAACAAUUCCAGGCCCAAGCUAUCGUUCUCCCUGAAACCGGGCGCAUUAUGAGGAGCGUAGGCAUCAGUCUGGUGACCGUCGCACCUUUUCUUGUUAACAGCUUUUGCUUUUUUUUUUACCUCAGUGGCUAUUUGCCUGCGACACAGACCAUGCACUCGUUUUCAUUGUUGUAAUUGUGUUCUAUAUUAUUUUUAUUAUUUUAAGGACGAGCUGUGGUGCUGAGAGCAGGCAAAGCACAGCCAAUAGAUUCAACGUUUUCAAAAUUGCCAAUUACUGAACACAUACGGCUCUAUAUAGUACAAUACGCUAGCGAUUUACUUAACCUUUUCUACAUAAAGAAUUCAUAUGUGAGACAAAUGAUUAUGUGUAGUGCGUCGUAUUGUUGUCACAGCUGAACGAUUAACAAAAAAGAAGAAAAAAAAAAAAAGAAAACCAAAAAGAUGUCAGUGAAAUACAUAUGUAAUCUAUUUGCAAUUUUUUGAUAUUUCAAGAAAACAUAGAAAUCAGCUGAAAUCGAUAAUAAAAAACUUUAGAAAUGCC